GCCGCCUACAGAGUCGCCUUGUGCCUGGUGCUACCGGGACGAUGCGGCCGGGGCCCGGAGGCUGCUGCUACCGUCGCCCUGUGCGGGCGAACGGCUGCGUGGCGAACGGGGAAGUGCGGAACGGGUACGUGAGGAGCACCGCCGCUGCCGCUGCCGCCGCAGCCGCCGCCGCCGGCCAGGUCCAUCAUGUUACACAAAAUGGAGGACUUUAUAAAAAACCGUUUAAUGAAGCUUUUGAAGAAACACCGAUGCUGGUCGCUGUGCUUACUUAUGUGGGGUAUGGUGUACUCACUCUCUUUGGAUAUCUCCGAGAUUUCUUGAGGCAUUGGAGAAUUGAAAAGUGUCAUCAUGCAACAGAAAGAAAAGAACAACAGGACUUUGUGUCAUUGUAUCAGGAUUUCGAAAACUUCUAUACAAGAAACCUCUACAUGAGGAUUAGAGACAACUGGAAUCGACCGAUCUGUAGUGUGCCUGGAGCCAGGGUGGACAUCAUGGAGAGGCAGUCUCAUGAUUAUAACUGGUCCUUCAAGUACACAGGGAAUAUAAUUAAAGGUGUUAUAAACAUGGGUUCCUACAACUAUCUUGGAUUUGCACGGAAUACUGGAUCAUGUCAAGAAGCAGCUGCCAAAGUCCUAGAGGAGUAUGGAGUUGGAGUGUGCAGCACUCGGCAGGAAAUUGGAAACCUGGACAAGCAUGAAGAACUAGAGAAGCUCGUGGCAAGUUUCUUGGGAGUAGAAGCUGCUAUGGCAUAUGGCAUGGGAUUUGCAACAAAUUCAAUGAACAUUCCUGCUCUUGUUGGCAAAGGUUGCCUGAUUUUGAGUGACGAACUAAACCAUGCAUCUCUGGUUCUAGGAGCCAGACUCUCGGGAGCAACCAUUCGAAUCUUCAAACACAACAAUAUGCAAAGCCUAGAGAAGCUGCUGAAAGAUGCCAUUGUUUAUGGUCAGCCUCGGACUCGAAGGCCCUGGAAGAAAAUUCUAAUCCUUGUGGAGGGAAUAUAUAGCAUGGAGGGAUCUAUUGUUCGCCUUCCUGAAGUGAUUGCUCUUAAGAAGAAAUACAAGGCAUACUUGUAUCUAGAUGAAGCUCACAGCAUUGGGGCUCUGGGCCCUACAGGUCGAGGGGUGGUAGAUUACUUUGGCCUGGAUCCUGAGGAUGUGGACGUUAUGAUGGGAACAUUCACAAAGAGUUUUGGUGCUUCUGGAGGAUACAUUGGAGGCAAGAAGGAGCUGAUAGACUAUCUGCGAACACAUUCCCAUAGUGCAGUGUAUGCCACGUCGCUGUCACCGCCUGUUGUGGAGCAGAUUGUCACCUCUAUGAAGUGCAUCAUGGGGCAGGAUGGCACUACCCUCGGCAAAGAAUGUAUACAGCAGUUAGCUGAAAACACCAGGUAUUUCAGAAGACGUCUGAAAGAGAUGGGCUUCAUCAUCUAUGGAAAUGAAGAUUCUCCAGUGGUGCCUUUGAUGCUCUACAUGCCAGCCAAAAUUGGCGCCUUUGGACGGGAGAUGCUGAAGCGGAAUAUCGGGGUAGUUGUGGUGGGAUUUCCUGCUACUCCGAUUAUUGAGUCCAGAGCCAGGUUUUGCCUGUCAGCAGCUCAUACCAAAGAAAUACUUGAUACUGCUUUAAAAGAGAUAGAUGAAGUUGGGGACCUAUUGCAACUGAAGUAUUCCCGUCAUCGGUUGGUACCUCUACUGGACAGGCCCUUUGACGAGACUACAUAUGAAGAAACAGAAGACUGAGCCUUUUUGGUGCUCCCUUGGAGGAACUCUUCCUACCAGGACAGUGUGUGGCUUUUCUGAGCCAGUUCCAGGAACCAUACUUCUGUGGCCAUCUCACGUGAAAGACAUUUCCUCAACUACUGACGGUGGCCACCUCACUCUAAAUGGCAUUUUGUAAAUAGUAAAAAACUGCUUCACGUUCUUCCUUUGCUACAUUUCACCUUUCAAAAAAGAGGUGACCCGCUCUACUUUUUUGUCCAUUAAAAAUGUUUUAUUUUAUAACUCUUCUCCUUGUGAAAUCACGCUGACCCUAGCCUGUCCCUGGCUAACCACGCAGGCCGUUACCCUCUCCCCGCCGCCUGCAGACUUGGCUACAAAAGCUCC